AUGCGGCUACACCUGUCCCCCAAUAGCGCCACCGGCUAUUUGGGGGUCUACUUGGAGCGAGGCAAGUUUUGCGCCCAGACCAAGGUGGGUGGGCGGGGUGCGCCGCGUAUCUUCCUCGGAAGCUUUGGCACCGCAGUGGAGGCGGCUGUCGCGUACGCGAGGAGAGUCGGGGAGGCCGCGGCGCCAGAGGAGCGCCAGGAGACGGAGCUGAGGAGGUGGUUCCCCGCUAUCUACGAGAUCGAUGGAAAGUGGCGGCUAUGCUUUGUUGGCAAGACGAGCAGCUCGAGCGACUGGUGGAGGACCAGUGGGUGCGUGGAGCGGCUGGGAGACAGUGCCCGCGCUUCCACGCGGUUUCGAACUGUCAACGGAACCGUCUAUUUGCUCGUGGGCAAAUGCGAGGUGUCGCCUUCGAGAUCGACCGGCUACCUCGAUCCGAAUGCACUGCGCUAUUUCGCGCAGCGCGGUGGCGGCGCGCGGGCGAGCACACGGGCGGACGACGGCGAGGCAGGCGAGGGGCGCGGGCCCUCGGUUCCUGUUGAGGAAGCCGAAGGUCUGCGCCUACAUCUAUCGCGCUGCAGCAACACGGGGUACAGGGGGGUAACGCGGUGCUGGCACAGUGCUGGCCGCUUCCGGGCGCUUCGCGGCUGUGGCUUAUCGCGGGGACAAGUGCUUGGCUACUUCGACACGGCGGUGGACGCGGCUGUGGCUGUAGAACAUGCGCGCGCGGCUGAUGUCGAUGCCCAGGUCCUGUAA